AUGCGUAUGCCCUCCAAAUGGGAGUCUGCUGCCUUGAGCCAAAGAAGCAGAGGAGCAGAGAGGCCAGCCCCACUGCUCCAGCCCCACGCCCACAGCCCGGCCAUGAGCUGCGCCGACCCCGAGAGCCUCCAGACGCCGCCCGCGCCCCGCACCUGCCGCGCCCUAGACUGGGCCGUGCUGGCCGCCCUGCUGCUGCUGGCCACCGCGCUGGCCGCACUGGCCUCCUGCACCGUCCUAGGGGUGUCGCUCGGGCCCCAGCCGCUGCCCACCCCAGGCUUCCUCACUUCAUCCUCUCAGCAGCCCAUCGCUGCCACCGUCGGAGGAGCUACGUGGGCUGGCGCCCAGAUCUGCCUGGGCAUUCUCAGGCAUCGCUGGUCGGGUCCCUGCGUAGCUGGAGCAGAGGACGGUGCUCGGCUCCCAGCUGGGCUGAGUUGGCAGGGGGAGAAGGAGCAGUGCGCGAGACUCCUGCUGUCGGCAAGGGGAGAUCCCCGGGGCCACGGAGAGCGUCAACCUUCUCUUCUUCCCUUGCAGAUCCCUGGAGCCCAUCUGAUCGCCAAAGACUCGGUCCUACAGUCCGGAACACUGUCUUGGGACAGCAACGACAGAUUGACAGGGGUCAUCAUGACAUCGGACUUCUCCUAUGACGACAAAACCAAGGAGCUGGAGGUGAAGAGGGCUGGGAUCUACUACGUCUAUAUCCAGCUGGCACUCAAGAGAGUGGUCCUGCCGAACUUAGAGGAGAGCAAUGUCACUAUUGCCGUCCAUCGGACCUGGGACAACAGGCCGGAGCUGUCGCUCACCACCCACUUGAAAGGCGAAACCCCCAAUUCUGUCUCUAAGUUCUCUGCCUCUCUGCUGUCCCUGCACACCGGGGCCCGCCUCCAUGUGAACUUGACUGUGCCUCAUGAGCUCCAUGGGUGGCAGCUGAAUGAAGAAAAGGUCAACUUCUUCGGACUCUUUCGGGUGGCUGAGGCGGGCAGGUAGCUGCCGUGAGAGUGCCUCAGGGGUCCGGGUCCUGGGGCGAGGAACCACGAGCUGGCUUCUUCCAACCUCCCCUCCCCCCAACGGGGGUCCCCUGGCAUCUGGGCUCUUGGCCACCCACAGUGUGAGCCACAAACAGAGGGUUGGUUGUGCGGAGAUACCUGGCCACAUGCCUAAUGGCAGGGGAACUCGGCGGUCCGGAAAAUGCCACUGGUAUCA